AAAGUUUGAGGGAAAACCCCCAGGCCCACAUGGUGUGAGGGGAGGGAAAUUCAUAUCCAGUGGAUAGAAGAUACAUGCUGGCGGAGAUUAGCAUGCCAUGCAGAUCGCAGGAGACAAGCACUAUUGUAUGGAAACGAUGUUGUAUCCCGCCACCGUUGCCGGCCUUAGUGUCUUGGUCCGACUCCGUGCCUCCAGGACCUGAACCCAAUCAUCCGUGGUUGAUUGGCACUGCAACGGUUGACUGAGCGAAUUUGUGCCCGGAAUCAAAAGGCUAUUGAGAAAGGAUUGUGACUCAGUCAAUGUGGUAUUGGUGGCCCAAUUUCCUUGGCGGGACAGGUAUUGGAUAACAUGGGAGAGCUAUUUGUUCGUUGCACAAUGGCAGACGCUGUGGCUGUGAGUAAGAUGAUGCAGGGCCCGGGAUUAAACAGGAUGGUUCGAGUGCCCGGUGCGGGGGAAUAAGGCCAAGAAAAGACACAAAACAGGAGAAGAUGUGCAGACCAUCGUUGACACCAAUGAAAGAUAAAUGGGAGGCGAAGAAGAU